GGAAGAACAGGACAGUCACAGUGUUCUUUUGCAGCGUCGGCCAUUUCUCCAAACUUCCUCCAUGGCCUGUUUAUGAUAAAAUGAUAUCGAGACUAGAAGUACGGUAGCGUAUAUUUGUACAUAAUGGCUAAUGCACCCGAGCAACCCCACCAAAUGCAGACAGCUAUCAACUGCGACACUUGUGAAAAUACCGCAAAACAUUUGUGUAAAAGCUGUCGUGACCGUUUAUGCGACAGAUGUAAAGAUAUUCAUACCAAAAGUAAAGGCACUUUUGAUCACGAGGUCGUUUUAUUGACAUUUGAAUCGUUAACUUUGUCCUCAGAAAGUCCAUCGCACGUAGUCUGCAGGUGGCAUCCCAAAUUUCGUGCAAGUAUUGGAUGUCAGAAAUGCGAGGUACCCGUAUGUGAUCAGUGUCUUAUUGGGGAGCAUAACGGUCAUAAUGUCAUUGGAAUUGCCAAACUUUUUCAAUUAAAAAAGGAAAAGUUUGAAAAAAAUCUAUCGACCGUUCGCUCUGAACUUUCAAAAUACGAAUCUGAGCUAGAAAUGGUAAGUAGAUGCAAGAUGGAAGGGUCCAAAAACGUGGACAUUGUGAAGAAGAAAAUUAAUGAUUGCGUCGAUAAAGCAAUAUCUACUCUCGAUGCGUCCAGACAUCAACUGUUGAACACUGUUGAUGAGAAAGCCUCAGUAAACAUUGGCUUACUAAAAGAUAAAGAAAAUAUUUUACAAAGCUAUGUCAAAAAUAUGCGGGAAUAUAUGGUCAACAUUCAAAAAGAAGAUUUGCAAGAGAAAAUGACAUUCAUCUUCUACACCGCUUGUGCAUUAGAUGAUAUUAUUCCACAUCCACAUCCAAAUCCGUUAUCGAUCCCCGGAAUGAUAAAAUACAUCUACUCCGAAGGUCGCUUCGACAAAGCCAUGGUCAAGACAAUUUCAGGUCAAGUUAUCAACAGUACCGAAAACAUCAAACUGCUUGAAAAUGCAUCUAUGCAGAUGGUAAAGUGUCUUGAUUUGGGAAAAGGUGAAAUUGUUUCAAUUGCUUAUUGUUCAAAUCAAGAAGCUUACUGGGUGUGUUCAUCUGGCGGAAAUGCUUUUGUAAAAUAUGAUGGAAGAGGCAAUGAACUAGAUACCCUUGAUGUAAAACUUGGUAAUAUCCGUAACAAACCGAUAUGUGUUAUUGACAACGAGAAACUUCUUUUUAGAUAUAAUGCCAAUGAAAUAUACAUGUUGGAAGAUUCUCAAAAGAAAUUGUUUUUUGAUGCCACUCCUAUGGUAGUUGCGUAUAUUUGUCCAACCAAAGACGGUGAACUAUUAAUAGGAAUAGUUAAAUCAGAACAUCUUGCAGUUGGACGAUUCAGUUUUACCGGUGAAUGCAAACAAUACAUAACACCAAUGUUUGAUGAAUGGACUACGGAUAUCCUAUUUAGCAAUGAUGAUGAAAACAGACUAUAUAUAAACGAAAAUGUCAAUGGGGACAUCUGUUUGUCUUUGGGAAUAGUACACGUGCUCCGCGCAAACGGAAAACAUAAGUUUACCUACAAGGGAUACAAAGCUUCUUUGUCUCUGCCUUUUCAGUCCCGGGGAAUAUGUAACGAUAUAUUAGGCCACAUCCUUGUGGCAGAUGAAAAGAGCCGUGGAAUCCACGUCUUGGACAAGGACGGUGGUUUCCUGACAAUGCUAACCAUUCCAGGUGAACCAAAGGCCAUUCCAAUUUCUAUGUGCAUAGACCGCCAAAACAACCUCUGCAUUGGCUGUGCAGAUGGGAAAAUAAGAAUCCUGAAAUAUUUGGAUUAGCGUUUGUUUGACUUUUAAAUGUCUAUC